GGAGCCGCAGAGCUGGGUGGCAUCGCCCGGUGCCCGGUGCCUGACUGAAGCAGGAAGUCCACUACGAGUACUGCGUGUGAGGGGGUGCAGCGCUCCUCACAUCAGGACAGACAGUCCAUCAUUAUCACAACCCUGCCUCUUUACCGGGCACAGCUCAUUGAGGACAUUCAGCAGAUUCACUGAAACCAUCAUGUCUGACUUUCCGUGGUAAGAACGGGAUGCUCGCUGCGUGAAAAGGCGACGGAUGGAUGUGUGUGUCCAUUCCAGGGCGCACUGGAAUAAUACAGUGAACUGACCGAGGAUCAGUGCUCUGCUCGCCUCUUUCGUCUGGAGUUCACCCUCUGGAAUUCUUCCAUUUACUGCUGGGAGCGUGGAACAUUUCUCUCUCGGCUUUGAGACCUGCUAUGUGUCUGGUGUGGAAAAUACCUGGUGGAAGGUGUGCAGCGGGAUCCAGCCUGGGAGGACAGGACAUCUGCAACUGAUAAAGCUCCGUUUCUUCUUCUUGUUCUUUUUCUCUCUGAUCUGUGCGUAAUGUACGUGGAAUGAAAACAGAGGAUGGAUAUAAUCUGGGAAAUACUGAUCAUUCUUCAAGCCAAUUUUAUUGUCUGCAUAUCAGCACAGCCGAAUCCGCCGAAAAUUCACGAAGGAUGGUGGGCGUACAAGGAGGUGGUGCAGGGGAGCUUUGUUCCAGUGCCGUCGUUCUGGGGGCUGGUAAACUCGGCCUGGAACCUGUGCUCGGUGGGGAAGAGGCAGUCACCAGUCAACAUCGAGACCAGUCACAUGAUCUUUGACCCCUUCCUCACUCCCAUAAAGUUGAACACAGGUGGACGCAAGGUGGGAGGGACGAUGUACAACACAGGCCGCCAUGUUUCUCUGCGAUUGGACAAGGAGCAUCUGGUUAACAUCUCUGGAGGGCCAAUGACGUACAGCCAUCGUCUGGAGGAGAUCCGGCUACACUUUGGCAGUGAGGACGGCCAGGGCUCUGAACACCUGCUGAAUGGACAGGCCUUCUCUGGAGAGGUUCAGCUGAUCCACUACAAUCAUGAGCUGUACACAAAUUAUACAGAAGCUGCUAAAAGCCCCAAUGGACUGGUCAUAGUGUCCAUAUUCAUGAAGAUUGCUGAGACAUCGAACUCAUUCCUGAAUCGAAUGCUGAACAGAGACACCAUCACAAGAAUAACAUAUAAAAAUGAUGCGUAUCUACUGACCGGCCUGAACAUAGAGGAGAUUUACCCAGAGACCAGUAGUUUUAUCACGUAUGAUGGCUCGAUGACUAUCCCUCCAUGCUUUGAGACAGCCACAUGGAUCCUGAUGAACAAGCCGGUGUACCUCACUCGUAUGCAGAUGCACUCCCUGCGCCUGCUGAGCCAGAACCAGCCAUCUCAGAUCUUCCUUAGCAUGAGUGACAACGUUCGCCCGGUCCAGCCGCUGAACAACCGCUGCAUCCGCACCAACAUCAACUUCAGCAUGCAGGGCAAAGACUGCCCUAACAACAGGGCUCAGAAGCUCCAGUAUCGAGUGAAUGAGUGGUUGCUAAAGUAGCCUCCCUUGGAUGAGCAUGGAGACGAGUGUCAGAGAAUGGAGAGCGGGACGAGGCGAGGGGGAGGAGGGGUGGAGGAGGGAGAGGGAAGGGUGUGAACCCGGGUUUAAGGCUGCAUCUCAUCUAAGAUUAUUUCAUGGCAUUGUAUAAAGACGAGCAACACCGGACAUUAUCCGAAUGAAGGAACUUUGCGCUGCGAGCAAAGAGACUCUUCUUUUCAUACACACAGAACAGUUUGAACCCUCGAUCUAACACAUGCUAACAAGUCCUUUCCCCCACUGUACGACUAUAUCUAUACGGACGUUUUGAUACCAAUACUUUUUUGGGAGAAAACAAAAAAAAAAGACACUUGGAAAUAAUGAAAAAACAACGCGGAAGCAUUUAUUUGAUAACCUCCCAACCACCAGGACACCGUUGGGACUUUAAAGCCUUUGUACAUAAAGAUGUUGCUAUCAGUGGGAAAACCCGAGGACUAAGUCACUGCCCCCACCCUGCCGGUCAAGACUAAGUGGUCAACAAGACUCAUGGACGUUUCAUUACAGUCACUAACAGGCAUGCAAUCAGCAAAACCAACAGAGAGGGAACACAGCCUUACCUUGUCAUUUUUCAAAACUAGGGUCAUGUCAUGGGAGACGAGUAUCUACAGGCUUUCCUACGGCCUCGGAGCAACCAGUGUCUUGGCCUCAUUUGUACAUAUUAUAAUUAUCAGUACUGCAGAAAAAUUAAUAUGUAAAGAAAAGUAAUGAAUUAACAUUCAAAAGAUAUAUUAAGAGGAUUUAAAAAAAAACAGACAAAAAGUUGAGAAUUUAAAAAGCUUGGCGCACUUUGAAUUGUGGAGCAGUUCUCAGUCUGAGCUGAUGCCUUUUCUUUCUGUUUUAUUGUUUACAAUGGUCAUACACUGUGUUUGAGUAAUGUUAUCAGCCCAAUAAAUGUGUCUGGAAAGUUCACUUUGGAAAAUGCUUCACUAUAUGAGGAUCUGACUUAUUGUACCUGUACCUGUUUUGUACCGUUCCAUAUUAAAUGUGUUGAUAUGUCAAUAUUA